UUACCUGUAGAUGUCUGAAGUAGAAGCUGUAGUUUUAGACUAUCUUUUUUGAUACAUCAAUGUGAGUCGCUGUGCGUUUUCCUCCCAGCUGACCUGUUCGACAUCCUGCUGCCCAUGCUCAACAUUUACCAGGAGUUUGUGCGGAACCACCAGUACAGCCUGCAGGUUCUGGCCAACUGCAAGCAGAACCGAGACUUUGACAAGCUGCUCAAACAGUACGAAUACAACGCCGGCUGUGAGGGCCGCAUGCUGGAAACCUUCCUCACUUACCCCAUGUUCCAGAUUCCUCGAUACAUCAUCACCCUCCAUGAGCUGCUGGCGCACACACCCCAUGAGCAUGUGGAGCGCAAGAGCCUGGAGUUCGCCAAAUCCAAACUGGAAGAGUUGUCAAAAAUGAUGCACGACGAGGUGAGCGACACAGAGAACAUCAGGAAGAAUCUGGCCAUUGAAAGGAUGAUCGUUGAAGGCUGCGACAUUUUGUUAGACACCAGCCAGACCUUCGUCAGACAAGGUUCUCUCAUCCAGCUGCCGUCCAGCAGCGAACGGGGCAUGCUCAGUAAGGUGCGUCUGGGUUCGCUCUCACUGAGGAAGGAAGGAGAGAGGCAGUGUUUCCUGUUCACCAAGCACUUCCUCAUCUGUACACGGACCUCUGGAGGGAAGCUGCACCUGCUGAAGGGAGGAACUCUGUCUCUGAUUGAGUGCACUCUGAUUGAGGAACUAGAUGCCAGUGAUGAAGACUACAACGCUGCAGGUCAAGGCUUCAGUCACCUGGAGUUUAAAAUUGUGGUGGAGCCCCCUGAUGGUCAGAGCUUCUGCGUUGUUCUCCUGGCUCCUUCCCGCCAGGAGAAGGCUGCCUGGACCAGCGACAUCAGCCAGUGCAUCGAUAACAUCCGCUGUAACGGCCUGAUGACCAGCGUCUUUGAGGAGAACUCUAAAGUUUCUGUGCCCCACAUGAUCAAGUGAGGAAAUGAUCUCAUUCUGGCUGUGCUAAAGUCUUACAUUUGACAGAUU